AGGAAAGGGGACGAGAAGCUGACAGGAGGACUCACCUGCCGUUCUUGUAACAGAACAAGCUUUCAGAAAACAAAACCUGUUUUCACGGCGAGAUAAUAACCUUCCACAGACCUAAAACAGAUGGCGCAGUGGUGCCAGCUGCAGAUGCUGGACAGUAAGUACCUGGAGCAGGUGGACCAGCUGUACGAUGACUCCUUCCCCAUGGACAUCCGGCAGUACCUGAGCAGGUGGAUCGAGAGCAUCGACUGGGAUACGGUGGCGGUGCAGGACUCGCUGGCCACCAUCCGCUUCCACGACCUGCUGGCGCAGCUGGACGACCAGCACAGCCGCUUCGCUCUGGAGAGCAACUUCCUGCAGCAGCACAACUUCCGCAAGAUCAAGAGGAACCUGCAGGAUCGCUUCCAGGAGGACCCUGUUACCAUGGCGAUGAUCAUCUCCAGGAACCUGAAGGAGGAGCAGAAGAUCUUGGCCUGUGCAAAAGAAGCCGAGCAGGAAGGAGAAGGAACCGUUUCUGCCAUGGUGGUGGAGAAGCAGAAGCUGGACAACAAAGUGAAGGAGCUGAAAGACAAAGUUCAGUUCUUGGAUCAGAUGCUGAAGAACCUGGAGGAUCUGCAGGACGAGUACGACUUCAAGAUGAACACGCUGAAGAACCAGAACGAGCUGAACGGCAUGACGGCGAAGGAGCUGGAGAAGGAGAAGUUCAACACGGCCAGGAUGUGCAUCGAGCUGAAGCAGAAACGCCACGACGUGGUGUCCUUCCUGAGCGAGCUGCUGAACCUCACCCAGAGUUUGAUCCAAGACCUGAUCAACGAGGAGCUGCCGGAGUGGAAGCAGCGGCAGCAGAUCGCCUGCAUCGGCGGCCCGCCCAACGCCUGCGUGGACCAGCUGCAGAACUGGUUCACCGCCGUCGCCGAGUCGCUGCAGCAGGUGCGGCAGCACCUGAACAAGAUGCUGGAGCUGGAGCAGAAGUUCACGUACGAAAACGACCCCAUCUCCCAGAAGAAGAGCCACCUGGAGAACCGCGCUCUGGAGCUGCUGAAGAACCUGCUGUCCAGCUCUCUGGUGGUAGAGCGGCAGCCCUGCAUGCCCACACACCCACAGAGACCGCUGGUGCUGAAGACAGGCGUCCAGUUCACCGUGAAGCUCCGGUUCCUGGUGAAGCUUCAUGAGUUCAACUACCAGCUCAAAGUCAAAGCCGUGUUCGAUAAGGACGUCACCGAGAAGAAAGGGUUCCGUAAGUUCAACAUCCUGGGAACGAACACCAAGGUGAUGAACAUGGAGGAGUCCAACGGCAGCCUGGCGGCCGAGUUCAGGCACCUGCAACUGAAGGAGCAAAAACUGGCCGGGAACAGAACCAACGAGGGUCCGCUGAUCGUCACCGAGGAGCUUCACUCGCUCAGCUUCGAGUCGGAGCUGCACCUGAACCAGUCCGGUUCUCCAGGACUCCACAUCAAGGUGGAGGCCAUGGCUCUGCCCCUCGUCGUCAUCUCCAACGUCUGCCAGCUGCCCAGCGGCUGGGCCUCCAUCCUCUGGUACAACAUGCUGACCACAGAACCCAAAAACCUCAAGUUCUUCCUGUCGCCGCCGUCCGCCAAGUGGUCCCAGCUGUCCGAGGUGCUGAGUUGGCAGUUCUCCUCCGUCACCAAGAGAGGCCUGAACCAGGAGCAGCUCAACAUGCUGGCCGACAAGCUGCUGGGAGCAAAAGCUCAGAGGAAUCCAGACGGGACGAUCCCCUGGACCAAGUUCUGCAAGCAAAGCGCCAAUGAGAAAUCGUUCCCCUUCUGGCUGUGGAUCGAAGGAAUCCUGGACCUGAUCAAGAGACACCUGCUGUCGCUGUGGAACGACGGAUGCAUCAUGGGCUUCAUCAGCAAGGAGAGGGAGAAGGCGCUGCUGAGCAACAAAUGUCCCGGGACGUUCCUGCUGAGGUUCAGCGAGAGCAGCAAGGAGGGCGCCAUCACCUUCACCUGGAUCGAGCACGACGUCCACGAUAAGCCCGUCUAUCACUCGGUGGAGCCGUACACCAAGAAGGAGCUGUCCGCCGUGUCGCUGCCCGACAUCAUCCGCACCUACAAGGUGAUGGCCGUGGAGAACAUCCCGGAGAACCCGCUGCGCUUCCUCUACCCCGACGUCCCCAAGGACAAGGCCUUCGGGAAGUACUACCCCAAACCCUCAGAGACUCCAGAGCCGAUGGACAUGGACGUCCAGGAGAGCCGAGGCUACAUGAAGACGGAGCUCAUCUCCGUCUCUGAAGUACACCCGUCCAGACUGCAGGACAACAUGAUGCCCAUGUCUCCUGACGACUACAAGGCGCUGGAGCGAUACGUCAGCCCCAGAGACAUCGACGCUGUGACACAGACACUGCAGAUGGACCUGGAGGACUUUGUCCCUCAGAUGAGUUCAGAGUUUCAGGAUGAGAACUGAAGAUGAUCUGCCGCUGUUUUCCUGUCCCUCCUGGUUCUGGACCUGGUUCUGAUCCUGGUCCUGGUUCUGGCCCUGGUUCUGAUCCUGAUUCUAAUCCUGGUCCUGGUUCUGGUCCUGGUCUUGAUCCUGAUCCUGGUUCUGUUUCUUCGUCGCUCCUGGUGGUUCUGUUCGGCCCGUUUGCGCUCCGCGUCCUCGUCAUGGUGGGCUUUGUUUAGUCCAGCUCUCUGCAGCUUUUCCAAUCCAGAGACAUUUUUUGCUUUUCCAGGUAAAUAAAACGGGUCCAGAGCCACAAAAUGACAUUUUAAAAUAUUUACUUCAUUUUAUCUGUUUUAACUGUUAGAGGAAAUAUUUUAUUUUUACUUUAAGGUUUUUAUUAAAAAGAGAAACACAAAACGUCCUCAAAAAGAUUUUUGAGGAAUUUGUGCUACAUUUUUUUAUAUAGGAUGUUUAUAUUUGCACAUGGUUUUUAUUUUAAUAUCAGGAAAAAUAAAUCUAAAUAAAAUGAUAAAUAAUCAAUUAUUAAAAUAAUAGUCAGCUAAUUUGGUAAUCAGUGAAUCAAUAACUUCAGUAUUUAUUCAAGUGUUAAUUUUCUUUAAAAAACAACCAUUCAGAUAAAAAAUCUAUAAUUUUACAUUUAAGAUCAAAUAAAAUCUUGUUUGUAAUUAUUUUCUAUCCAGAACUUAUUAAACUGCAGGUUUUGACUCAAUUAUGUAAAAAAAUAAAAAUCUCCAAUUAUUAAUUGAUUCAUUUAAAUAGUAACUGAAUUAUUUGAUUUGCAUUUUUUAUUUUUAAUAUUGUAGAAAAAGUUUAAAGUGAAAAAUACUCAAAAUGUGAUUUUGAUUUUUAUCACAUUUUGUUACUUAAACACUUUUAAAGUCAUUUUGUUGUGAAAAAGAAAAAGUAAUUUUCACUAAAAAGUGUAAAAUGGUUAAAUUUGUAUGUUUUCUUUGUUAAACUUGAGUUUGUGAUCUUUAGUCCUAAUGAGCUGCAGGCUGCAGAGCUCUGCUUUAAUUAGUCUAACUUACCUUCAUCACUGCUGAAGACUCUGAAAACUCUCCUGUUUGUAUCAAUGUGACUCUGCUCGGCUUGUCGGGCUUUAAUUGUUCCCUCUGAGUUGGAGGCCCAGAGAAAGUAUUUCUGUGUAAAGAUGAAGAAAUAAAGCUGGAGUCUGUGAGAA